AUGACUCGCUUUGGAUUCCUCUCUCUGGCCCUUCUCUCGCUCCAGACCUUUGUCGGCACCGGCUUUGCAGCUGAUGCUGAGAAGGUCGCGGAGGCUGAGUCCCCCAGUCUCGCCGUCUCGGCGCAGGCUUCUUUCCCGGCCUCUGAGAUCUUCGGCGUGAAGCUCGUUAACGGUCACCCAACCCAGGCGCUGAUCGAUUUCACCAACGACGAGCCCAACCCUGUCACAGUCAAUUUCGUCGGAGGCAGCCUGUGGAGCCUCGAUCAGGAGCAGAGCAAGAAUGUCCGCAACCUGACCGCCACGCGGUACGGUGUCGAGAUCCCCGCGAACUCGAAGGAGACGAUCAGCUACAGCUUCGCGACUGAGAUGCACCCGGUGGAUGUCCGUCUGAACAUCGCCGCCGUCAUGUCGGACAGCGAGGGCCAGUUUUUCACCGUCCAGGCCUUCAAUGGCACUGUGAGCGUGGUGGAACCUGAGACCAGCUUCUUUGACCCCCAGAUUAUCUUCCUCUACUUCUUCCUUCUGGCCUGCUUUGUCGGCGUGGUGUACUUUUUCUAUACCGUCUGGCUCGCGCCCUACUUCCCUCAGAAGCGCAAGGGCGGCAAGACCGGUGAGAAGAAGACCCCUGCCAAACGUGAGAUCGUCGAGGAGAGCACCAGCCCUGCUGUCGCCUCGGCCACCACCUACAACGCCGACUGGAUCCCUGCCCACCACAUCAACCGUCCGGAGCCCCGGAAGGUUAAGGGCAGCAAGUCCAAGGCCCGCGUGUAA